AUGCCGUGUCACUGCCACGACCACAAACCCUCACCAACUCCCUCAAAACCGCCUCCCAAGAAAGUCAGCUCCAGCCCUGCGUCCCCUCCAGAGAAGCCCAUGACUGCGGUUGAACUCCGCGCCGCAGUCAAUGCUCUCUGUCACAAGAAGUUCGGCACUGGGCUCAGCAGCCUCUCAAUCAAACAGCUGGACCAAUUUAUGGAUGGGCUGAAGAUGGGCGAUCAAACCAUCAAGGUCCUGCUCGCCAGAAAGAUAAAGCUGAUCGAGGAGAUUGAGCUUGGUCAGAUGGAGGACUCAGCCGCGGGGUGCUCAGACGAGGAUGACUCAGGCUUUGAGGAUGCAGAGGGGGAGGGUUCUGGCACGAAAGCUAACGCUUAA